UACCGCUCGAAGCGAGCAGCCAUUUUCCUUUGUACAGACUCACAACCGUAAUACCACCGUAGUUAGACAUUACUGUCUUUUGCCGUAAUGGCAGUGUAAAGUGUGCCGCGACCCAGCAGCAACCAACCAAACAGUGCAUCCAGCCAGUGCACUGAGUCACUUCUAACUCAGCAACAUGUCGUCCUACGUGGAAACCUUCAGUACUGCUGCAUUCGACAGCAUAAAAGAGUUGAUCGCCGUCCUAACUUUGUCACACACCCCGUUUGUGACCGACAACGACCACUAUGACCAUGACGAUGACAAGCUCACAGUUUGGCCUGGAAGACAUGGAGGCCCUUCUUUGGGGGCCUUCCUCUCUCAUGGUUGAUGCCCUGGACCCCCCGUUUCUUCAUCCUGACAAAGAUGGACAACAGGAAGGAGGAGAAGUCCUGCUGCCGGGGCACACGUCGCCCCUCGCCUCCUCGGUACUUUCUUCAUCGUCUCCGCCACCUUUCUACUCUCCUCCUCCCUCGCCACCAGCUGUUGACCUGAGUGGAGACAAAGCUGGGAUGGAGUCUGAGCUGCUCCCCCUCUCUUGGUUGGACCAGCCGGUUCAGCCGAGAUCGAGUCACAUGGUUUCGGGGGACAGUAAAGAUGAUGUGCUCAGUGAUCUGGACUGGAUGGCUGAGAGGGUGGAUCUGGGUGAUUUUGACCUGGACUCCCUGAUCGGCCCCUGCAGUCCUGUUGAAGAGUCUCCCAGCUCUCCAGACGAUCUUCUCGCUUCCCUGGAUUCUCCCAUGGAGCUCGACUCCUUCCCCCUACAGACACUCCCAGCUCCAGUUAACUCAAGUUCUCCAUCUGCUUCCUUUUCUGACGCCCCCUCUCUGUCCACUCCCACUCUCUGUUCAGAUCCUCCUGUCACCUCCAUAGAUGAGGCUGGUGGGCAAGAGGUUCCCUCCUCCCCACUUUUGGUCCCUGAGCCACAGGAGGAGCUUGAGAUAACGUCUGAACCUGCUUCUCCUGGCUCGUCUCCUGCUGUGGUUGAUUCCCCGUCCUCUCCAGCCUUCACGUUGGAUCUGGGCAGCGAAGUGGAUAUCUCUGAGAGCGAGGUGAAGCCCGUUUUAGCCUCUGUGGUUCCUCAGGCCCCGAAGAUCGUGCUGUCCCUCUCAUCACCACGAAUUGUCCUCGUGCUGGCUCCCAAAAAUGAUGUCGGGGUCACUUCCACAGCUGAGGUAAUUCACUGCCCCUUGACAUCCUCUCCUCCACAGAAGUCCCCCAGAAGCAGACCCUACCCAAACCCCCAAAUCAAAGCCAGUCCGCCCUUCCCCAGCGCCGCCGCUGAUGAGGUGAAGUCUGUCCGGGCUCCAGGGGGAAAGGAAAGGCCCACUUUGAAAGCACCAAAAGACAAGAAACAGAAGAAGAUGGAGCAGAAUAAGACGGCUGCCACGCGCUACAGGCAGAAGAAAAGAGCUGAACAAGAUGCUCUUCUGGUGGAGUACGGUGAGCUGGAGAGGAAGAACGUGGAGCUGACGGAGAGGGCCGAAUCUAUGGCCCGGGAGAUCCAGUAUCUAAAGGAGCUGAUGGAGGAAGUUCGCCAGACUAUGCAGAAAAAGGGCCUAACUGCUGACCCCUAGUGGUCAGGCUGUAGAUGGCAGAUGGAAAUGAGAUGGACUCAGCAGGUUUACUAAUUCAGGCUAUCAGUAAAGCAUGUCUUGGAAUCUAAUUCUACGCAUGUCUCAGCACUUGUGUUACACUCUUGUCAUGUAUUAAUCAUAAAAUGAGUAUUUCCCACACAGAAUAUAUAAACCUUUAUAAAGCUACUUUUAUAUGUACCUUCCUCCUAGCUAUGGACCUGUAGUCUAAACAUGAUAUAUGUAUUUUAAACAUUUUGUGUAUCAGUAUGUAGACUGAAUCUCUUAAUAAAGAGUCUUAAACCAAA